GAUCGAACUUAUUAUCCGAUAUCGGUCAUUUGCGUUUUGUCUUUCAGUUUACGCGAUGAUAUGACCGAAGCAAGUCAAGUUCUGUAGACUUCUAGUUUGUUAGUGCUAGAAAGUAUUUGUAUGAAAUGUCGUACAAAAUAUAGUGUUGUACACCGUGUGUUGUUUGGUUGUUGCGGGAUUCAUAGGAAUACUUGGUUCAUCUUCAGACUGACUGAUACUCGUAGUAAAGAAAAACAAUCAUGGCUUUAGUAUUACGAACAUUGUACGAUUAUUACACAUAUCUGUUUCGAGAAUACAAUGAUCCUCGUGUGGAACAUUUUCCUCUUUUGGGAUCACCAUGGCCGGUGCUGUUUGUGAUUUUAGUGUAUCUCAAAUUCGUCAACGAUUGGGGCCAAAAAUUGAUGGAACACCGGAAGCCGUUCAGUCUAAAAACAGUGAUGAAUAUCUACAACGGGGUACAGAUUCUGUUCAACCUGUACAUAGGUAUGGUAGGAACACUCAAUUCGUACUUUGCCGAGGACUACAGCUGGCUGUGCGAGCCGAUCAAUCAGAAGGUGACCCCGUCUAGGAAUAGGCUAAUUUUCGUUACCUAUCUGUACUUCUUAUCAAAAAUUAUCGAUCUGCUGGACACUGUGUUCUUCAUAUUGCGGAAGAAGAACAAUCAGAUCACGUUCCUGCACACCUAUCACCACGCCGGAAUGGUGGCCGCAACGUACAUUUUUACCAAGUUUAUAUGCGGGAGCCAUGCGACGCUACUUGGCCUGAUCAACAGUUUUGUGCAUGUCAUCAUGUACUUCUAUUACUUCCUGACCUCGUUCCGGCCUGAGCUAAAAAACUCUUUCUGGUGGAAGAAACAUAUCACGCAAGUUCAACUGUUCCAGUUUAUGAUCCUAAUGGUGCACUUUGGACUCCCGCUGCUCUUUGGCUACUGUAACUAUCCGACUUUUUUGCUGUUCAUUGGUUUCAGCCAGAAUUUAUUUAUGUUCACACUAUUCGCUGACUUUUACGUGAAAGCCUACAUCAAAACUCGGAAGCACAAACCAACGGAUGGCUGAGUUCCAAUUUUUGGCGAGAGCGUCAAUUGACCGGGGCACUAGCGAGGUGAGUGAAGCAAUUCAGUGAACGUUUGUCCAGUGUGUAGUUGUAUUAUUAGUUCUGCAAUGUGUAUUUAACAAUAUUAGUGAAUGUAGA